GCUGGAUUGUGUUUCGGAGGACGCACAGCUCUCGACCUACGCCUCUCCUGAGUUGCAGUGAUGGGACAAGACUGUAACUACCAAUUGGAUACCACAAAAUUAGGGAGAAAAAGGGUCUGCAGUACGAGACGUAUGUGGCAGGGUCUACAGACAAUCACGGAUUACAAAGGGAAAACCAGCCUCGUCGCGGUCACCGACAUCUUGCUCCCAGACGAGCUAAACACCUGGUGGGGAUCAUAUUUCCGAAUUUCCUGAGUGACCUCUUAGGGUGAAAGAGGUUGAGGUGUCAAGGAUCUGGGCUGUACAGCAAAUCUCCUAUGUGGAGGCAGUGAAGAAAGUUGAAGGGGCAAGUUCUGAAGAAGAUAUUGCAGUGGAUGCACCUCAACCAGUUGCAAAUGUUAUACGUCAAUCUGGAUACAAAUAUUGUGAAUAAGGUGUAUUUUGUAGCAUUUAUAGCUACAGUUGUUAACUGCACAAGUGUCCAAGAAGCUGGACAUCAUUAUAUCUGUAGCCAAGAAGAUUUUGGUCCUCCAAGACUUAAUGGCAGAAGCACUGCAAGGACUACUGUCGCCAGGAAAUGUCCCGCCCUCACAGGAUCAUUCUGAGCUUGUGUAGCGACAUGGUUAGAACAGAAAAGCAGGCUGAUUUAGUUUAACAUUUCGUUUUUGAUAGUUUGUAUGGAAUUUUUUUAUAUGUAUUUUUUACACCACAUUUUUUGGGAGGUGACUUUAUUAUCCACGUGUACAGUAGGUGGCGGAAUGCACAUAUAAUUGUUGCAAACGCCAUUAUACCAAAGAAGAAGAAACAAGUGAAGUGACCAACAACCAUUUCCACGUUAUCGGUUUUUAUUUAGACAUUUAUUCACACCAUGGAACUCAAAGUAUGACAAAUUGAACAGCACAGUAUCACAUAUGUACCCCAGGUAGUCUUUCAUUCGCGUUAUAGUCAGGACAUUGUCUAGUUAACGCUAGCUGCUAACGUUAGCAAACAAUGGCUAACUGUAUGGUUUUUCACACUCAAAUAGCCUCCAUCAUGGAGGUUCUAGCGAAUGCAGCCGUGGCAGAGAUAUGUAAACUCGUAGACGACGACUAUGCAGUGUUUCGUUUGGAAAUAACUCAAAGCCAGAAAGAAAACAUGGUAUUGCGGAGGAAACUUCUGGAAUCGAAGGUGUCACGGGAGCGCGCAGAGAGGACAGUGCGGGAGCGCGUUCUCGCCAGUCGUCCCAGUAGUGUCAAGACCCUCGUCCGAUGCAGAGGAAUGGCAAGAGGUGAAGGGCAUCUCACUGGAGGCCACAGGAGCUUUCUGAAGCCAGCGGGACACAAUACAUGGAGAGAUGACCAACCAAUCACUGUUGAUGAGUGGAGUGGAACCUCAACCCAGCAAGUUAUUGUGAUAGAGUCUGCAGAGGCUGCAGGUCCUGGGGUCAAGCUGGAGAGGUCUGAAGGAGAGGAGGACCCAAAACACAGCAGAGACAUCCAGACUGGAUUGGCUGGAGUGCCCCCUGUAGCUACGGAGGACCCCCCCAACACCACUGUGCAGCCUAGGACCCAAUGCAGCAUAACGGAUUUCAAUGGAAUGCCAAAAGCCAUCCUCAAGUCAGAGACAGACACAAAAACUUUAACAGUGCUGGAGCGACUGGGCUGUCCUCCUGCUCCCCGUUCAAAGUAUUUACUUCACGGUAACCUGAGCCCGAGGACGGUUCUGUCCCAUCAGGACUCGAGUGAUGCAUUACACACUGGCAAUGAUCCAUCCUGUUCAUAUGUUACAGAGACAGAGAUGAUACCUGGUGACAUGCCUGUGGGCUUAGAUACACAGACUAAUCCAAUGAGAGGGGACUGGAACCGGUACAGUAGUAGUGUAUACUCUGAAGGGCACCUAGAUAAGAAAGGGGAGGGUCUGGUCAUAGAUGAGAUGACUGUGAAAGUGGAGGGCGAUGCUCCUCUGACAUGGAAUGCAGAUAAGACUCACUUAGGAGGCCAGCCGCAGGUUAACACUAGUGACUUCUUAGACUACAGGGAAAGCUUACAGGCCAAUCCAAAUGUUGCAACCCACUACCCUUUACACUCGCUCAGGGAUCGCGACCCUGUGUUCACAUCGAUGGCACCUUCCGAUUCACACGGACACGUCCUUUUCGAUCAGGUAUUGAACUCAAACGACAAGACUGGAGUCCAGGCUCAGGGAGGGGGAGCAACAUCAGGCGGUAGUAAAGAGAAAAGGUUCCUCUGCAUGUUCUGUAACAAAGGCUUCAGCUACCCCCAGAAGGUGGAGAUCCACCAGAGGAUCCACACAGGGGAAAAACCCUUCAGCUGUAACCAGUGUCACAUGCGCUUUGCUCAGGCCGGCACCCUGAAGAGACACCAGAGGGUCCACACAGGGGAGAAACCUUAUAGCUGUACCCAGUGUCAAAUGCGCUUCGCCCAGGCUUGCAACCUGAAGAUGCACUUGAAGGUCCAUAUGGGAGAAAGGUCUUCUGACGUUUAGAUCAAACCCUGCUUUAAAGACAAAGGUGCAUUGUCAUUGUUGUCAGCAGAAAAGAUCCACAGAUGUAUUUGGAAUAACGAGUAACAGAUUUCAGUGUUGAAUAUUCCUGGGUAGAAUAUUGCAUCCAGAAUUGUGUGAAAUAAUAAAGCAUAUUUAAGUCUAAAAUGUCUGUUACAUAUUGUGUUUGUACUGUGUAGGAUAUAUGAUGUUCACAAAUGCCUAUUUCAUUACUUCCACAUUUUUGAAUGAGAAAAAUAAUGCAGUUUAUCAAGUUCAUCCAGAUUUUUAGUUGAGGUGUGUGUAUGUGUGGUUUUCAUAUGGUGUAUUUAACACUUGUUUUUGUUUAAUAAACACAAAAUGGGACUUUUCA